AUGUCAACAGAAAAUAAUUCAGCUUUAAAAAUAGCGGCACUUGGUCGCCCAUUUCAACUUGGAAUGCUUUAUGACUAUAGAACCGACAAACUUAUUCCUGAUAUAUCAUUAUGGAAUUCGAAUCUAUCGUCUGAAUAUAUUAAUUGUCCGCCUUUAUCAUGGAACAAGUGUGAACUUUAUAUAACAGAUACGUUCACAGAGAAAGCAGAUCUAUUAACAAUUGAUAACAAUCUUAAAUUGAGUGUUCUAGCUAAUCUUGUUCAGUUAUCUGGUUCAGCAAAAUUAAUCGAUAAUCGGAAGAAAACAAAUCAUAUUCUACGAUUUAUUUUAAAAUAUUCAAUGAAAAAACAUAUUCAUGCAUUAACAAUGACUUGUAUUAAUAAAAAUUCUACAAAAUAUCAUGAAGUAUUGGAUCAUCAAAUUGCUACUCAUGUUGUUACUGAUAUUCUUUACGGUGGUGAAAUAUUUUUCAUAUUUGAUCGAAUAUUAUCUAUUAAUGAAGAUCGUACAAAUGUUGAAAAUUGUAUUAAAUUAUUUUUGAAAAAAUUCGAAACAUUUCAAAUACUCGAUAAUGGAGAAUUAAAUUGGAAAAAUCAUGAGAAAAAACUAGCUGAAACAUUAACAUGUCAGUAUUAUGGUGAUUUUCAAAUUCCAUUAAAUCCAACAACAUUUGAAGAAGUAGUUAAAUUAUAUCAAGAUUUAUCAAAAUGUUUUCAUCAAAAUACUGAUAAUACAAUAGCAAAACAAGUAUGGAUCUAUCCACUUUAUUUAUUAGAUGAAUUUCGUUUAGCAAAGAAUAAUUUUUAUCAAAUUAAUGAUGAUAUUCUCAUUAAAACUUCAGAACUUUUUGAUAAUUUAUAUCAAUUGGAAGUAACAUUAAAUGAUUUAAGAAUUAGUUUAUCAUCUAUGAAAAUGUUCUAUCGAACUGAACAACAAUUGUUAACAUAUUUUACUCGAUUACCUGAAAUUGAAAUUCAUAUGAGAAAUCAAAUGAUGCAAUUAUUACCGAAGAUUCGUGGUGGUUCUAUGAAAGAAAUAGCUCUUACUGAUCUAUUAAAAAGUCUUGAUUUGUCUUUAUCUAAUAAACAAAGAUUAAACGAUUGGAUUCAAUUUAAAACAGAUGAAAUAAAUAUAUUUAAGGAUUUUCGAAAUGAUUUAAGAAAACAAGAUAAUAUUCAUCAAUUAUCAUGUUCAUUUAUUGAAGUUCAAAAGAAUUUUAAAUCUGAAUUUAUUCUUCGUUUGAUAAUUCAUGUUACAGAAAAAAAUGAUUCAUUUUUCAAUGAAAUAUUUCAAUAUUUUAAUAAUAAUAAUAUAACAAAACCAAUAAAUCAAUAUCCAAAUAAACAUUAUUGGUUUAAUCAGAAUAAUUUUCCAUUAAUUCAAAAUCAAAUUUCGUUAUUUAUUGAAUUUGCUCGUUACAAUUAUUCUAAAACAAAUAUUGAAUUUAUUGUUAAUGAAGAAUAUGCUGAUGAAUUUCAAAUGAAUAAAGGAGUAACAUGUAUUCUUUAUCAAAAUGGUGUUCCUAUCAAUUUCGAAAUUCCAAGUAGACCAGGACAACCAUAUGCAACAAAUGUUUCAGAUCAUAGUUUAACACUUAAUUGGUCAAAACCUAUCUAUGGAAGUCAAAGUAUUCAGCAAUAUAAGAUUUAUUGUAAAAACAUUUCAAAUAAUAAAUGGAAUUUAUUGUUAACUACUUCAAAUGCAGCAUUAUCUGUACAUAUUCCGAAUCUUAUGAAAGGAAAAUAUCUAUUCAAAAUACAAGGAACUACCUUAGUGGGUGAUACGGCUUCAAGUAAUACUAGUAAUAUAAUUGGUUAG